GUCCAAAAUUCCCAAUCCUUCUCCCUAACAAACAUUGGCACAAAAACCCCAAUCUCUGUCACGAGAGAAAGCAGAAGCAGCAAAAGCAUCCAAUGGACGAUGGAGAAGGAGCUCUAAGCUUCGACUUUGAAGGAGGGCUCGAUACUGGCCCCGUUCACCCUACGGCUUCCGUACCCGUAAUCCAAUCAUCGGAUCAGAAUGCCGCCACUCCCGGCCCAAACCACAGUAACCAGUCAUCCCUCGCUCCAGCCCCUUCCGGCGCCGUGCCGGAAUUCGGAACGGGAGGAAACCGUCGGAGCUUUCGCCAGACUGUGUGCCGGCACUGGCUGCGAUCUCUCUGCAUGAAAGGCGAGGCCUGCGGCUUUCUACAUCAGUACGACAAGUCCAGGAUGCCUAUAUGCCGCUUCUUCCGGCUUUAUGGCGAGUGUCGCGAACAGGACUGUGUUUAUAAGCAUACAAAUGAAGACAUCAAGGAGUGCAACAUGUACAAACUGGGGUUUUGUCCGAAUGGUCCUGAUUGUCGGUAUAGGCAUGCCAAGCUUCCUGGACCUCCACCUCCUGUAGAGGAAGUGCUUCAGAAGAUCCAGCAUUUAGUAUCCUACAACUUUGGUCACACAAACAGAUUCUCUCAAAACAAGAAUGCAAAUUUUGUACCUCAAGCAGAUAAAUCUCAGAGUGUGCACGGACCUAAUGGUGCUAAUCAAGCCAUUAGAAAUUCAACAAUGGAAUCCCCUUUUUCUCAACUGCAGCAGAAUCAACAAGCUCAACAAGGGCAACAAAGCACUCAGACUCAAACACUUGCCACUGGACAGCAUAAUCAAGCCAAUAGGAGUUCUGUACCCCUACCUCAAGGAACAUCUAGGUACUUUAUAGUCAAAAGUUGCAAUCGUGAGAAUCUUGAAUUGUCAGUACAACAAGGAGUUUGGGCUACGCAAAGAAGCAAUGAGGCGAAACUAAAUGAAGCAUUUGACUCUGUGGAAAAUGUCAUUUUGAUCUUUUCGGUGAACCGGACUAGACACUUUCAGGUUGUCAGGAUUUCACCACCUUGUUUGUGCAUCACAAAUAAUGACACUUACAUUUACUAUAAUUCCAAUUUGAAAACAUGAAUAUCAAUGAUCAAUUUGGGCUUUGAUUGGGAUUGCAAAAUUCCUUCCAAGUAAUCACACCAAUUCAUGCUGCACUUUAUUAAAAUGAUAAGAAUUUGAUGAGCUGCUUGACACAGUUCUUGCAUAUUUUCUGUAAUUAGGGCUGUGCUAAGAUGACAUCUAGAAUUGGCGGUGCUGCAAAAGGAGGGAAUUGGAAGCAUGAGCAUGGAACAGCACAUUAUGGGCGGAACUUUUCUCUGAAAUGGUUAAAGGUGCUUUAGUUUUCAAUUGGUCAAAUGGAAGCACUGGUUACUGACUUAUAGGCAUUUUAUUUUUUCUUGUUUCUGAAUUAUUUUCUUGAUUAUCUACACUAUUAAAUUUCUUAUUUUUGGACCUUUUAUUGUUAGUUUUGUUGGUUGGAAACAUACCAUGCUCACAUUCUUCAUGAAUGAAAAUACAUACGCUAAGACAUGCACUUAUAUUUUUAUGGGCCUUGAUUGAUAACAUCUUUAUUUUAUGUGUUUGAUUUUGAAAAAAACAUGAUUUCAUUUUAUUUUCUUUUGUGUUCCGUAGUUUGUGAUUGAAGAUUGAUGAGUGUGGGGUUUGGAGGAUGCAUGCCUAGCAUUUUGUAUUAGG